AUGCAAAGCUCGUACUUCGUACCAUUCGGUGUGGAUGUUUCUCGUUUCCUCGAGGGUGAUGCCUACAUAAAGUUAAGAUGGAUGACUUCGGAAAAGAAAAAGGCGGUUCAAUCAAUCCUGAGUGGUGAUAGCAUCAACCAAGGCCUCCCCGGGACACUUGCACCACCCGCAGCCGGCGACCCAAAUGCAGCGUUGCCGGGAGCUGCAGGUUCAAGUGGUCUGGCUGCCGCAUUGGCCAGCCAAAAGGGCAAAGGCACCGGAUACCCACAAGUGCAUGAAGCGCAAGCAGAUGAGCGAGAGCUAGGAGGGGCAGCAGACAAUCUUCGACAGCAAGGGAAAAACAAGCGAACCGUGGAGGAUGCUCGUACUUCUGAGGUUGACGCUCCUGAAUCGUAUCAAGACAUCAGUUCAGGGCGCAAACCUCGUGAAAGCCGUGAGUCAGCAUUGAGAUUAUCCAGUAAGCGGAAGAGGAAGAAAAGCCGCAAGGAACGCAAAAGGUCUUCCAGCGCUGGUUCAACGACGUCAGCGGAUGACGAGCCGGUUUUUCGAUUAGUCUCGCUUCCGGAGGGGGUGGACAAGAAGCGGGAGAUGCACGAACGCAAACCAGGGCAUCUCGCGAACCUCACGCUGUUGCGAUACCAGGAGCUGCUGGAAAGGUCCACCGGAAGAGAGGCACGAACAGGAGCUUGGCCCCCGAACGACCCGGAAAUGCAGACCAUCCUUACAGCGAUCGACUAUUUGGCAUCCAACGAUGUGCUGCGAGCAUUGGAUGUUCUGAUCCAGCACCGAAAGGCCCUAGAGCUAGCAACGGAGCAAGGUUCGUGGAGUCAGGCAAACCUGCUCGAGCUUGUGAACCCGUCCGAGGAGCGAAGCUACUUCAGGCAGGAGCUGAAAGCAGUGCAAUCGGAACACAUAGCCGAGUUACAACUGCAGCGGAACCCAUGGGAAAAAAAAGGUCGAGGAGCAGGCAAAGGCGACACAGAUCCCGAAGCAGCACCUUUCAACAUGGGCGACGAGGAACAGAAGGGCAACAAGAAGCGCAACAAAGGAGGAAAAGGAGGGAAACACCGUGGAAACAUUCGGAUCCAGGAAAUGUUGACCACAGUGAGCAAGCACAUGCACAGCGCACAGUACAAUAGGCCUUUGGCGCGCAUUUUCAACAAAGUGUUCCAUCACAUUGCAUUGGAACGCUGUCCCCCUCUUGACACCAAUGUCGCUGAUGAGCUUUGGCUGUUGUUGAUGGCGCUGCCAGCACACUGGAUGAACACCAAGGCCAAGUUGGAUCACAGAGCCUGGGCGACAGAUGCCUCGGAGGACGGUGGCGGAGCUUGCCACAGUGUUCAGAUCUCAAAAGUAGGCGAAGCUCGGGCACACCUCUUGGCACAUGACGUCGAGUGCAUUGGAGGUUCUCCUGCUGCCCCCAUCUUGGUGGUAGAGGUCUACGGGGGGUGGCCUAAGCCGUGCUUUGCAGUUCUUGGGCGUCGUCCCCAUGAGGUGAUUUUUCUGGACUCAAAUGCGCGUGCCCGCAAGCUUGAGAAAUCCCACAUGCUCUUUGCAUUGUUCUAUUCCAAGAUUGAAGAGUUGACUCAGGAGGGGGUCUCCAGAUGGCGCAACAUGUUCAGACGAGUUUAG